UGCUCGGUUCAGACGCGGAAGAUUCGUGCUGAGCCGGAGCUCGGAUGACGCCAUAUGACCAUCGCAAACCCUUGCGGGUCCUUCCCUCUCUAUAAAUACGCGACCAAACCUGCAGCCCCCACAGAGAUUUGCCCCAACCACCCCCGCCGGGAAACGAAGCCGUUCCAGCAGCCAUGGCGAUCGACGUUACGGCGGGCCCAGAGCAGGGGAUGGCGGAAGAGUACUUCGAGGAAGACGUUAUGUUCCUCAUGUGGGCUGCUGUCGAAACGGCUCCGAGCGGAAGUCCCGAUGUUGUCGAGAGCACUCCGGCGGCGAAAAUGAACGAAACGGCUCGAAAAAAGUCGUCUCCGGUGCGCAUUCCGGCGGGAAAGUCUGGGAGCCCCGCAGUGUUGGAGUUCUUGAGCAGGAGCGAGGGCCGCGGCGGAGGUGUGGACGAUGAUGGGGAGGGGGAGUUGCUUCCUCCGCACGUUAUCGUCGAGAGGCGGUUCGGCGGAGGUGGCCGGAGGACGGCGUUCUCGGUGUGCACGGGAAACGGGCGGACGCUCAAGGGGAGAGAUCUGAGGACGGUGAGGAACUCGGUGUUGAUGCAGACGGGCUUCCUGGAGGGACGCCUCACCUCCUGACAUCUCUCUGUUCCUCCCAUUUCUUUUCGGUCUCUUUCUCUCGUCCUUAGAUUUUGUUUUUGCCGUUUCCUGUGGACUAUUCCCUCCAGUCCAGUUAGUUCAAUAAUCCAUCCAAAUUUUGUACAGAUAAAUUGCAGGUCAUUUUAGAAAAUAGUUUAUUACUGCUGCUGCCACGCAUGAGUUCCUGCUCCUUUCCCGGAUUUCCGGAAAUUUUUCCGGCAGGUUGCCGGAAUCAUGUGUACUCUGUUGUACGUUCAGAACUGAUGAAACGAAGAAGAGAGAAAGAGCGUAGAUUCAUGUAUACAAGCAAGCUGUUGAAUGACAUUCCAUUACGCAUCUUAAAGUUCGUAGCAUUUUACAUACUCGAGGAGUCGGAUUUUGGUGGAACCUACCAGAUGCUUUUUUAUUCAUACGACGAUCGUGUCUCAGUCUCUAAGGAAACUUGGUAGCAAUUAUCUGGACAAACUAAACAGUCAGUGGAAUAUUAUCCAAGCAUAUCCAGUUUACAAUAUAAUUCUUGAAGCAAUUAUGGGUCUUCGACAAGAAAAACACUUUGUGUGCGAGUGUACUAUAAAUUUGCUUUAAAGAUUGAC